GCGGCCCGGUCCGCGCGCCCGAGGUCCAACCGCCGCGGCGCGCACCGGAACGAUCCGGCUCCGGGGCGCGGACUCCGCCCAAGGAGGGCUCGGGGACUCGCGGACGUUCUACAACGAAUGCUCGCGAGAGGGCGCCGUGACACCCGCGCCGAGUGCUCGGGAGCUUGCUGCCCCACGUCACAGCGAGGGCCGGGACACCCGGGUUAGACGACCUGAGUGCAGAAAAGCACCCCACCACCUCGCCUCCGUGCGGCGGCACGUCGAUGGUUGGGACGGGACGCUCUACACUCAGUUAUCUGGGGUGCCCCGGUGAGGGGUGUGGGAGGACUCGGGGACGUUUUCCGAGUGGGAUCUGGGCUUGUUGUUCGGAGAGAGCCAAGAGCACCUCUGCACACUGAGGGCUGGAGAACGGGUCCCCCUCAUCGUGGAAGGGGAGAGGGGUAACGAGGAAUCGGGUCACUAGCACACGGACGUGUAGGUUGGAACUCCUCCACGUCAGUCCCCCGUCCUCGAGCGCGCCCCCGCCGGACCUGAGGCGUCCCAGGCACCCGCACUCACAGCUACCAAAAGAGAAAGGCUCGCGCCUUCUCUGCUCAGCUGGCGCCACCCGCUCCGGAACCAACGUGCGGAGGAUACAGUGUGUGGGUGGGUCGGGGGGACAAGGAGCGCAGACGGACGUGCGCCGGAAGUGAGGCACAUAACACCCGCGGCCGCAGCUAUGGCGCACAUCACCAUUAACCAGUACCUACAGCAGGUGUACGAAGCCAUCGACACCAGAGAUGGAGCAUCCUGCGCAGAGCUGGUGUCCUUCAAGCACCCUCAUGUUGCGAACCCACGGCUCCAGAUGGCCUCUCCGGAAGAGAAAUGCCAGCAAGUUCUGGAGCCCCCUUAUGACGAAAUGUUUGCUGCUCACUUAAGGUGUACUUAUGCUGUGGGGAAUCAUGACUUCAUAGAAGCGUACAAGUGCCAGACGGUGAUAGUCCAAUCAUUCCUUCGGGCAUUCCAGGCUCACAAAGAAGAAAACUGGGCUCUGCCUGUCAUGUAUGCAGUAGCACUUGACCUUCGGAUAUUUGCCAAUAACGCAGACCAGCAGCUGGUAAAGAAAGGGAAGAGCAAAGUAGGAGACAUGCUGGAGAAAGCUGCCGAGCUGCUGAUGAGCUGCUUCCGAGUCUGUGCCAGUGACACCCGUGCCGGCAUAGAAGACUCUAAGAAGUGGGGGAUGCUGUUCCUGGUGAACCAGCUAUUUAAAAUCUACUUUAAGAUCAACAAACUCCAUUUGUGUAAACCUCUUAUCCGAGCCAUUGACAGCUCGAAUCUGAAAGACGACUACAGCACGGCGCAGAGGAUCACGUACAAGUACUACGUGGGGCGCAAGGCCAUGUUUGACAGUGACUUCAAGCAAGCUGAGGAGUACCUGUCGUUUGCCUUCGAACACUGCCAUCGCUCCAGCCAGAAGAACAAGAGGAUGAUCCUCAUCUACCUGCUGCCCGUCAAGAUGCUGCUGGGUCACAUGCCGACCAUCGAGCUCCUGAGGAAGUACCACCUGAUGCAGUUUUCGGAAGUGACCAGAGCCGUCAGUGAGGGCAAUCUGCUGCUGCUCAAUGAGGCGCUGGCCAAGCACGAGACGUUCUUCAUCCGCUGUGGCAUCUUCCUCAUCCUGGAGAAGCUGAAGAUCAUCACUUACAGGAACCUCUUCAAGAAAGUAUAUUUGUUACUCAAGACACAUCAGUUGUCUCUAGACGCCUUUCUGGUUGCUCUGAAGUUCAUGCACGUGGAGGACGUGGACAUUGACGAAGUCCAGUGCAUUCUGGCCAACUUGAUAUACAUGGGUCACAUUAAAGGCUACAUCUCCCAUCAGCAUCAGAAACUGGUCGUCAGCAAGCAAAACCCUUUCCCUCCACUGUCCACGGUGUGCUGAUGCCCACGCCCGGCGGAUGGAGUGCGCUCCUGCUACAGCUGCCCUCUGGAGCUCACGUCUCCAGGUGCUUCCCCAGGGCCACUGCGGCAGGGGCCAGCACUGAGGGCCUACCCGAGGUCUCCACUGUCCUCACUCAUGCCAGCCCUGCCAAGACCUGGGGUUCUGUCUCAAGAUGGACAAACGCCCUGCUGCUGGCCUGUAGGGCUUGUGACCUCCUGGGAAGGAGGUGGCAGCUGUGCUUCAGUCUUAUGUUGUUUAUGGAGGCUGGCUUUGUAACAUUUUGUAGUGUUUCCUUCCUUCCUUCCUUCCUUCCUUCCUUCCUUCCUUCCUUCCUUCCUUCCUUUGUUUUUUAAAAAGGUAAGCCAAAUUUAUACAGGUGACUCGUUGUUUACUGUAUGUUAGAUAAUGCAUCUAUUUUCAUAUGCAAAAUGUCAGCAUUUUGUGAGCUCAAAAUACUGGGUUCACCUGAGAAUUCUUUUUAAAACAUAGAAUUUAGGGGAUGGAGAGGCGGCUCAGUCAAGACCAGCCCCUGCUCUGCGGAGUGCCACGGUGCGGCUCACAGCUGUCCAGCUCCAGUUCUAGGGGACCCACUGCCUUCUUUGGCCUCCAUGGGCUCCUACCCACGUGUACAUAAGCUCACUCAGGCAAACAGGCCUGAGUUAAAUAUAAUAACUCAGGCCUGAAUUAUGUUAAAUAAAUACAUCUUUUUUAAGAAGAAAAGCAGUGAUUAGUCUGCUGUAAAUUCCAACAAUUCUAAAGACUGCAUGGGACUAUGACAAGGCCUGGCUGUUGGACUCUGGUAAUGUCCCCUUCUGAGCUACUGUUGCCUGUCCUCUGCCUCUCUUCAUUUCCUACAGCCACUGUCCUGUCAGGCCCUUACUCUGUACCUGCAUCUAGUUUAACCUUUUCCAGAGACCCUUCCUCUAGACAGUUAGCCUGAGCAGGGCUUCAGCAGAAGGUUUUGGGCACAGUGCAUCCUGCAGCCCUGGAGACGGUCCAACUCCUCCUCCUCCUCCUUCCUCCUCUUCCUUCCUCCUCCCACUUCCUCCUCCUCCUUCUCCCCCUUCCUCCUCCUCUUCUUUUUCUUUGUUUCAAAUAAAUGGUUAUUUAUUUAUUUUA